AACGCCUCUAAAUUUCAAUUACAAAUUUUCUCAAAAUCAAAUUCUGUAACCCUAAUCCAUGACUGUAACUAAAGUCAAGGCCUUGUUAUUCAGCUAUGUCGUAUAAACGUUAUAUGCACAUCACGCAGAUGAUUACUGAGUACAAGCACAUUUACCUAGGAAUUAACUUGUGAAUUGCCAAAAUUUUUAAUCUAAUUGAUUAAUUUCUUCAAGUCAAUCUAACAAUGGCAAUUCGGGCUUCUUUAAGAUCAAAACUUUCACUCUUCGCUUCAAUUAUCUCCCAAAACAUCGCUACAAAAGCUACAAACAACCAUUGGUUAUUGCGGCCAUUAAAACCCAUAAGUCAAGCUCUAGAUUUGAAUCGACAAAAACCCUUUUCAGGGUUUAGACAAUACCAUGACGGCAGGCCGAGGGGACCCCUUUGGAGAGGCAAGAAGCUUAUUGGCAAAGAAGCGCUCUUCGUAAUAGCCGGUAUGAAGAGGUUUAAGGAUGACGAAGGCAAACUCGAAAAAUUUAUCAAGACCCAUGUCUUGAGGCUAUUGAAGAUGGAUAUGGUUGCAGUUUUAUCUGAGCUUGAGCGCCAAGAGGAGACCACUUUGGCUGUUAAGAUGUUUGAGGUUAUUCGGAAGCAAGAUUGGUAUAAGGCUGAUGUGUAUCUUUACAAGGACUUGGUUAUUGCACUAGCAAGAUGUAAGAAAAUGGAUGAAGCAAUGCAAUUGUGGGAAAGCAUGAAAAAAGAGGAUUUAUUUCCUGAUUCUCAAACAUAUGCCGAAGUUAUAAGAGGUUUCCUGAGGGAUGGCUCUCCUGCUGAUGCCAUGAAUAUAUACGAGGACAUGAUCAAGUCUCCGGAUCCACCAGAGGAGUUGCCAUUCAGAAUUUUGUUGAAGGGCCUUCUGCCACACCCUCUUCUGAGAAAUAAAGUUAAGAAAGAUUUUGAGGAGCUAUUUCCUGAAAAGCAUGCUUAUGAUCCUCCAGAAGAGAUUUUUGGUAGAUGCUGAGAAAUGAAGAUUGGUCAGGGAAUUGAGUUCGUAGAUCGGAAAAAGUUUAUAUGGAUUAAGAAAUAAUCCAUGAUUAAUCAUCCUUAAUUGGAUAUGCAAUCAAAGAUGACAGUUCGAUAUAUGGAUAACAUUGGUUGAAUGUGGGAGUGGGACUACCAGCCAUACUCUGGUCUGCUUUUCGUGUAUGGGUGUAUCUGCAAAAAGAGCUUGUUUGGUUGACCUGUUAUUUAUGAUGUGAAUGGCAAAAAUUGUUGAGGGUA